AUGGCUAAAUUUAAUGCAGAAGAAGUCAGUGAUCUGCAAGCUGGGGGAAAUGAGCGAGCAAGGCAAAUCUAUUUCAAAGCAUGGGAUCCACAGUGUAAUUCUUUUCCAGAUGCCAGUAAUCUUCAUAGGCUUCGAGAUUUUAUCAAGCAUGUCUAUGUGGAUAGGAAAUAUACUGGUGAGAUUUCUCACAAAACCUCAAUGGUUCGAGUGGGUGAAAAAGACGACUUCUACGAGCGACGUUCUUUUGAGAGGUACAGUCAGGGUAGCAGGGAUGACUUUUCUGAACGCUGUUCUUAUGAAAGACCCAGUUCAAGUGGCAUGAAUGAGUAUGUAAGAUAUUCUGCUGCUGAAAGAAGAAGUCCUCGAUACAAACAAGAAAAUGGGAGAGCUGGUGGUCACAGGAGUCGUACUGCUCACUUUGAGGUAGUUGAUGACAGGUUUCGAGAUGAUGGAUACGGAAAUGGAGGGCGAUCUGCAAUUCUCCGAUUUUCUGACGCAGAGUCCAGGGCACGUAGCAGGUCCCCAGAUCCUCAAAUAAGUGGCCAAAUGACCAACACCCCAGUGUUACGUCCUUUCAAAGAUAUUUUGGAUGCGAAUGCUCACGUAGGCAAGCAUCCUACGACAAAUGAUGGGAGGGAUGCUGAUGGCUCUUCCCAUGAGCAGACAAUUAUGACCUGUAAUUCUGCAUCAAAUCAGGCACAGUUGCAUGGAACGGCCGAGGGUAGCAGGGAUGACUUUUCUGAACGCCAUUCUUAUGAAAGACCCAGUUCAAGUGGCAUGAAUGAGUACAGUCAGGGUAGCAGGGAUGACUUUUCUGAACGCUGUUCUUAUGAAAGACCCAGUUCAAGUGGCAUGAAUGAGUAUGUAAGAUAUUCUGCUGCUGAAAGAAGAAGUCCUCGAUACAAACAAGAAAAUGGGAGAGCUGGUGGUCACAGGAGUCGUACUGCUCACUUUGAGGUAGUUGAUGACAGGUUUCGAGAUGAUGGAUACGGAAAUGGAGGGCGAUCUGCAAUUCUCCGAUUUUCUGACGCAGAGUCCAGGGCACGUAGCAGGUCCCCAGAUCCUCAAAUAAGUGGCCAAAUGACCAACACCCCAGUGUUACGUCCUUUCAAAGAUAUUUUGGAUGCGAAUGCUCACGUAGGCAAGCAUCCUACGACAAAUGAUGGGAGGGAUGCUGAUGGCUCUUCCCAUGAGCAGAAGCCAGCACCUUCCACUAGUUUGGGGUCUGUUGAUCGAAGAUCAGGAGAAAAUAAAUCAGUAAACUCAAGUAGCUUGAUUGAUUUCAUGGCUGAUUCUGAACCUCCUGCUGCAGCAGCAUCACAAACGCCACAGAUGGUUCGGUCUGUUGAUGUUGGAAACUCCUCUAUUGGAUCUUCCGCAAUGGAAAAGGCUUCUAAGGCUCCAAAUAUGAAUUCAUUGGAAUAUUUAUUGUUCGAAUUGUCAGCUCCUGCACCUGCGCCUGCAGGUAUUAUGCCUGAGGCAUCUACCAGUAGUGAAACUCCAUCAUCUACAUCUGUAGCGUCAUCCAAUUGUGUCAAUGAUACCAUAACUGGAUCAACAAUCAACACACCGGUAGUUCCCUCUAAUGAGGGUGUUCCCACAGCUUCUCGUGUAGGAAAUGAACAAGUGGUGCCCAGUAGUAGCGAGGCUCCCGUGGUAAAAAAAACUGAUGAGCAGCAGUUGCCAACCAUGCAGCAACAUCAGCCGUCUGCAGUCCCUGGUGGGGAUAGUGGUCAUACUGCUCAACAGAGUACUCCAUCUGUUGAAGACGCUUUAUUUAAUGAGCCAUGGCCUUCAUCACCUCCACCAAAUGCUCAAGGAACGCCUCCUUUUGCUUCAUCUGAGCACCCAUCUCAAGCUGUCUCCAAGGCAGUUCAAGAAAGUAUUACAGGGGAUGUGUCAAAAUAUAAUGGGAGGAAAGAGCUUCCAGCAGACCUUUUCACAUAUAGUAGUUCCUCAUUCCCUGCAACAGUUUCAAGUUGGCAAUUUCGUCCACCACCUGGGCUGGGAUAUAGCAUGCAAUACUUUCCCACUGCAAUGCCUAUUCAAGCUUCUCCGAAUCCUACAAAAUCCACUAACCCAUUUGAUCUCAGUGAUGACAGCACCCUAGUCCAAAACCCAAUGAGCAGCUCAGCGCAUAAGGACCUUUUCACAUAUAGUAGUUCCUCAUUCCCUGCAGCAGUUUCAAGUUGGCAAUUUCGUCCACCACCUGGGCUGGGAUAUAGCAUGCAAUACUUUCCCACUGCAAUGCCUAUUCAAGCUUCUCCGAAUCCUACAAAAUCCACUAACCCAUUUGAUCUCAGUGAUGACAGCACCCUAGUCCAAAACCCAAUGUUUCCUCCUAUGACAUCAUUGCAAGGAGCACUUGCAAAUGUGUCAGCUUCUACAGGCUUACUGCCUCACUCAUCACCUUAUGCGUCUGCACUGGCCCUACAAUCACCUUCUUGUGGAAUGACUAUGCCUCCUGAAGCAUACACGGGGCAACCAUUGGCAAUUAAUAUGCCAAUUUCCAGACCACAAGGAAUUGGUAGCUUUCGCAGCGAGGAAGCUGCUUUUGCCUCCUUAAACCCAAUUCAUCCGUCCAGUGGCAGAUAUCCAGGACUCAACGCCCCAAAUCCAUCUCCAUCAGCAGGAGGAAACCCAUUUGGAUAA